AUGAAGGCAGUUUUUGUGUGCUUGUUGCUGGCCCUGGCCGGGCAAUCUCUGGCUCAGACCCAGGAUGAGUUCGUCGAAUACCUGCUGGAAAUCCAAGAACAGGCUGAAGCUGUGCAUCAGAUUAUGGAGGGAACGUUCGAUAAUACCCGAUUCACCAUGAGUGAACAGCUGAUCGAGCUUAACCGUGAUUUGAUUGGUCGCAUGAACGAAGCCCUGAUCCGUGUUGAGGAAAUCAAGGAAUCUACGGAAGAAUUAGUGAGCAACUCCAACGCCCAGCAGACCUGUAUCGAUGUGGCCAUGGCAAACUGGGAAAUCGAAAUCGAAUGGGUCGGUCAUGCUCUGCAGCAGUGCGCCGGUCAGGCCAACCUGGACAUUACCCGUGCUACUGCCGACGUGCAUGGAGCCAUCGAGGCUGCUCAGGCCCAGUCUACCGAACUGCAGAACAUUGUUGUGCACGGAUUCAUCGAUUGGAACGCAAUUGACUACACCGAAUCGAUCUCGACCAUUGUGGGAGCUCGCAUCGAGCAGAGACAACAGGAGUUCGACACGGUUACCAAGCCCAAUUUGGAACGAGUACUGCAGGAGGUAUUCGACCUGACGACCGAUACGUUGCCGCGGGUUGCCACUUGCAUCACCCGGGGAGUGGAACGCUUCAAUAACUAUGCUCGUGUGAUCAGUGAUACUCUGUUCUUCUGUCAGUAG